UUAGGUCAGAAGCAACCGCAACCUGGAGAGAAGGACUGGAGCUUCUGACCUGCAUGAUAAUGGCAAAAUGACAAGAACCAGAUUUGGCCUCUGGAGCUGGAGAAGAUUAUUGUGGUUUACUUUUGCAUUGUACUUCGUUUCACUGUUCUUGGAAGUGCAGUAAAAAAACACAAACUGGAGCCUUCUACCAGCCCCAGGUUGGAAAGGAUCGAACAACAAAGCCUUUAGUUGCAACCAACUGCUCUAUCAAAUCGUAUAAUGGCUCUUCUGAACCGCUUAUGCUACAUUGGGCUCCAUGUUCUGGAGAAGCAACAGCUAGCCAAUGACCUGGUGAGUAAGUUUGGCUUUGAGUUGUUUGCAACACGGGAAACAGAAUGGAGCAGGCAGCUGGCCUUGCGAAGAGGGGAUGCAAUUUUUGUUGUCAAUGAAAAACGGGAGCAGGUGCCAGGAGAAUUUCCAUCUGAACCAUCUCCAGAACAAUCCAGGGAUAGUGGGAUCCUCUAUGAUGUGGAUCUACAGUAUGCAGUCAGCACAGUCUCCAACAUUUGUUUUGAAACAGAGGAUGUAUCUGGCAUCUCCCUGAGUCUGCAGAAACAUGGCUGCCAGAUCCUUAUCCCUCCCACCACCAUCGCAGAUGAAGACGGCUGUGUCAUUUAUUCUGUGGUGAAAUCUAUUGUGGGUAACAUCAGCCACACUCUACUUGACCGAUCACAGUAUUGUGGACCAUUCUUGCCUGGCUUCCAGGUUGAGAAGGAUGCCCUCAAGAAGUUCCAGCAACCUGGGGAGAUCACGCACUUUGACCACAUCACUUAUGUUUGCCCACAAGGUAGUACACAAGCUGUAUUGGAUUGGUACAAGAACUGCUUUGAUUUCCAGCGUUUCUUGGUCCACAAGCAAGAUGAUGCUAUAGAGGGCUAUGUAAUCCAGGGGGCUGGUGUGGGUCUGCGUCUCAUUGCCAUGCAGUACAGCAGGAGGGGCUUGAAUUUGCUUGACCAUGACUGUAAAUUUAUUCUGGCAGAGUCUUUGCCAGAGCAAAGACACAACCAGGUGGAUACUUUCUUAGAGCAGCAUGGUGGAGCUGGCAUUCAACACGUGGCACUCUAUACCACAGACAUUGUAAGUACUGCUGCAGUCAUGGCCAAGUCUGGAGUAAACUUUGUCAAAACGCCCCUAGCGUAUUACACGGAUAAAAGAAAGGAGCAGGAGAUACAGCAAACUGGGCAGGAUCUUCAGCUCUUAAAGAAUCAUGGUAUUCUUCUGGAUGCUGAAGUAGGUGGGGAAGGAGACAACAAUGACUCUGCUGUUCUUCGGAAACCAUACCUGAUGCAGAUCUUCACAAAGCCUCUCUUUAGAGAGGACACUUUCUUUCUGGAGCUCAUAGAGCGAUGUGGGGCUACAGGGUUUGGUGGGGGAAAUGUCCGUGCUCUCUGGAAAGCUGUACAGAAUUACAUGGGCCAGAAGUAGGCAGAGACAAUUCAGUUUGUUCUGAAAAAUCAGCUCAGAUAUCCCUUUUAUGUGAGACAUGGGCUCAGAUUCCAUGUUAGCUUUGUGGUGUUGCUGCUGCUACAGACCUGCUUUUGUGGCAUCAUGGGUUCCCAUGUUAGAUUAGUAAUGCAUGAGUUCUGACAUAGAUAGUUUACAUGUUUCUCACACACAGACAGAGCAUAUUCCAUCAGACUUACUGACAUUGGUGUAGAAAGUAGUCCUAGCAUAUAGAUGGCCUGCAACUCAACUUGUAUACACUAGUGGUGUGAAUUGGGAGAGCACUAGUAAAGAAGUGUUGUGGCAGCAACUACAACUUUUCAGAAGAAUGCAUAUGAAUUUUGCCGUUUUGCCUGAACAUCAGAGCUA